CUAGACAGUUCAUCAGUUUCGCCUGUAUUUUUUUUCUUAAUGGAUGAAUUAUACGAUAGUGAUGAAAGUUGUUCUUUUUCAACUAUCACUACUACUAAUGAUCCCAAUCAAAUCAACAAUACUGACAGUGAUAAUAAUAAUAAUAUUUUAUUCCCAAUGAUUAACUCUGACUCAUUAAUGAUAUCAGACAGGCAUCAAAAGAAAGCAGAUACACUGUGGAGACUACGAAGAACAACACUGGCGUCUUCUUUACCGCCAACAACAACAACAUCGAUUGCAGAAUCUGUCGCCCAGUCGCUAACACGUAUCAAUCAACAUCAUAACUUUCAGUAUACUGCUUCACAUACAAAAACUCUAGCUAAACAUCAUUAUCAUCAACAAAGAAAUGCACGUCUAAGUAUUAAUGCUCGUGAACGACGUCGAAUGCAUGAUUUAAACGAUGCAUUGGAUGACCUACGCAGUGUUAUACCAUAUGCGCAUAGUCCAUCUGUUAGAAAAUUAUCAAAAAUUGCUACAUUGUUAUUAGCUAAAAAUUAUAUUCUUAUGCAAGCUAAUGCUAUUGAUGAAUUGUAUAAGUUGAUUAUAUGCUUGAAUUCACAAUUACAUCAGACAGAUCCAUUGGUAUUGUCGAAUAAUGAUUAUCAAAAAGGGAAUCUUUCAACAAUAGAAGAUGGCGGUGAGCAUAAUAUUGAUUCAGGGAAUACUAAGUUUACAGUUGACUUCAUUUCUACACCCACUCAUCCACUAUCUCAGUGUCCAACAUCUUAUUCAUAAGAGUUGAAUUCCUGAGAUGUCGGGUAUGUUAAUGAGGGUCUUCUCAUAAUGGAUUACGUAAUCGACAGAUGAACAAUCAAUGUGUGUGCAUAUUAGUAUAAUUUGACCAUAAUUUAAAUAUUUGCCUGCUCUCUUUCUCAAUCUUCGUUUCUGGUUAAUUUCACUCUUUCUCCAAGCAUAAUAAUGUUUUAUUCCCUAAACAAUUGAAGAUGUAUGGCUCUGUUGGCAGCUGUUUACACAUAAUUUUAUCACAUAAUUUAUCAUCCGUUGAGCUUCACUGUGUAUCCUCUCUAUAGUAAGUCUUUCCUUAUAAGAUUAUUAUAUUGGUUGACUAGUAAACUACUUAUGUAUAUAUUGUCUCUAUAUAACAUCUUCACAAGGAAUUUUGUUCUGAGGAAAUAAUUAUUCAAACAAAUUACAUAACUACUUUUUAAACGUCUUCUUUUCUAAC